GAAAUCAAGAGCUGGAGGCUUAACUGACUGAGUCACUCAGGUGCCCCCACAUGUAUAUUUUUUAAAUAUGUGAGAAAAAGGUAAUGACAUUACUAACUAUAGUUAACUGAAUUCAAAAGUAUUUACAAGAGUAAAGGAGAUAAUAUAUUUGAAAUUCUCAAGAAAUGGCCUAAAUAAAAUAUUAUUUCUUCAAUUCAGGACAUCUUUCUUCCCAACCUCCCUUCAGUUCAAGACAUUUUAAUAGAGUCUUCUUGUCAGCAUUCAAAACAGCACUAAUUAAAUGCCCUGUAUAGACUUUGUUUGGAUCGUGAUUCAAACAAACCAACAGUAAAAAACAUUUUGGAGAAAAAUGAGGAAUACCAAACACACACUGAGUAUAAAGUAUAUCGAGGAAUUAUUGCUAAAUUUGCUGGUUUUAAUAGUGGUAUCGUAUUUAUAUUUUAAAGCCUUUAUCUAUUAGAGAUACUUGGUAAAGUAUUUAGAGGUAAAGAUAUAUGAUGUCUGGGAUUUGCUUUAAAAUACUCCAGAGGUAUUCAUGAAUUAUUUGUUGAAAGAAAACAAAAUUUUUAAAAAAAAUUCAUGGAAACACAUGGUGGCGCUGUAGGAUAAGAUGAAAUCAGUGCAUGGACAACACUGUGGGCUCCAUUAUUCAGGGAACAGAGAACAUCCAAGCCACUGAGAAGAGAGGGAGUAAAGGAGCUUCAUCUACUAAAGCUGCUGGAGGACUAUAUACUCUCCGGGGGGGGGGGGAUCUUAUUUUUUAAAAUUCAGCUUCAGCUUCCAAAAUUAGGGCUGAACUUAAAUUUUUCUACAAAAGAGGUUGCUGGAAGGAGCCAUGGAGAUCAAAGGGGUGCUCGCUCUGCAGAAAAGGCAAGUCCUGAUUCUCUUUGUUUUGCUGGGAUUAUCUCAGGCGGGUCCUGAAUCGGUGCGAUACUCAGUGGCAGAGGAAACAGAAGUUGGUUCUUUUGUGGCAAAUCUUGCAAGGGAUCUAGGGCUUGGGGUGGAAGAGCUGUCCUCACGGGAGGCCCGGGUAGUGUCUGAUGAUAAUGAAAAGCACUUACAACUUGAUUUACUGACGGGGGAUUUGCUCCUAAAUGAGAAACUGGACCGAGAAGAGCUCUGUGGCUUCACCGAGACGUGUGUGCUACACUUUCAGAUGGUAUUGGAAAAUCCUUUAGAGUUUUUUUGGGGUGAGCUGCAUGUCAAAGACAUAAAUGAUCACUCCCCUAUGUUUCUGGACAAGGAAAUACUUAUUAAAAUAUCAGAAAGUACCAGUAGUGGAACCACAUUCCUAAUGGAGAGUGCCCAAGAUUUGGAUGUAGGAACCAACAGUCUCCAAAACUACACACUUAGCCCUAAUUCUCAUUUCUACAUUAAAAUUCGAGACAGUGGUGAUGGAAAGAUAUACCCAGAACUGGUCCUGGACAGAGCAUUAGAUCAUGAGGAGGAGCCUGAGCUCACAUUAACUCUCAUAGCACUGGAUGGUGGAUCUCCACCCAGGACUGGAACAACUUUGGUUCUCAUCAAGGUCUUGGACAUCAAUGACAAUGCCCCUGAGUUUGCUCAGAGGCUCUAUGAAGUACAUGUCCUGGAGGACACACCUGCUGGCUCCUGGAUUAUCACCAUUUCUGCUAAGGAUAUGGAUUCAGGAAAUUAUGGGAAAAUAUCAUACACAUUUUUGCAUGCAUCAGAAGAUAUUCGUAAAACAUUUGAAAUCAAUCCAAUAUCUGGGGAGGUUCACUUGAGAUCAUGCCUGGAUUUUGAAGUAAUACAGUUCUACACUAUAAAUAUUCAGGCAACAGAUGGUGGGGGUCUUUCAGAAGAAUGCAGUCUUCUGGUUAAAGUAGUAGAUAUAAAUGAUAAUCCACCAGAAGUGACCAUCUCAUCAUUUACAAAGACAAUUCCAGAGAACGCCUCAGAGACUCUGGUUGCUCUUUUCAGCGUCCGAGACCAAGACGCUGGGGACAAUGGGAGGAUGGUUUGCUCUAUUCAAGACGAGCUCCCUUUUUUUCUGAAACCAACCUUCAAGAACUUUUUCACUCUAGUUUCGGAAAAAGCACUGGACAGAGAGACAAGAUCUGAGUACAACAUCACCAUCACCGUCACCGACUUGGGGACCCCCAGGCUGAAAACGCAGCACAACAUCACCGUGACGGUCUCCGACGUCAACGACAACGCCCCCGCCUUCAGCCAAACCACCUACACCCUGCGCGUCCGCGAGAACAACAGCCCCGCCCUGCACAUCGGCAGCGUGAGCGCCACGGACAGGGACUCGGGCGCCAACGCCCAGGUCACCUACUCGCUGCUGCCGCCCGCGGACCCGCAGCUGCCCCUGGCCUCCCUGGUGUCCAUCAACGCGGACAACGGGCAGCUGUUCGCGCUCAGGUCCCUGGAUUACGAGGCGCUGCAGGCGUUCGAGUUCGGCGUGCGCGCGGCCGACCGCGGCUCGCCCGCGCUCAGCAGCCAGGCGCGGGUGCGCGUGCUGGUGCUGGACGACAACGACAACGCGCCCUUCGUGCUGUACCCGCCGCAGAACGGCUCUGCGCCCUGCACCGAGCUGGUGCCCAGGGCGGCCGAGGCGGGCUACCUGGUGACCAAGGUGGUGGCGGUGGACGGCGACUCGGGCCAGAACGCCUGGCUGUCGUACCAGCUGCUCAAGGCCACGGAGCCCGGGCUGUUCGGCGUGUGGGCGCACAACGGCGAGGUGCGCACGGCCCGGCUGCUGAGCGAGCGCGACGCCGUCAAGCACAGGCUGGUGGUGCUGGUCAGGGACAAUGGCGAGCCGCCGCGCUCGGCCAGCGUCACGCUGCACGUGCUGCUGGUGGACGGCUUCUCGCAGCCCUACCUGCCGCUCCCGGAGGUGGCGGCGGCCGAGGCGCGGGCAGACCCGCUCACCGUCUACUUGGUCGUCGCCUUGGCGUCCGUGUCGUCGCUCUUCCUGUUCUCGGUGCUGGUGUUCGUGGCGGUGCGGCUGUGCAGGCGGAGCCGGGCGGCGUCUGCGGGUCGCUGCUCGGGGCCUGAGGGCCACUUUCCGGGCCACCUGGUGGACGUCAGCGGCACGGGGACGCUGUCCCAGAGCUACCAGUACGAGGUGUGUCUGACGGGAGACUCGGGGACCAAUGAGUUUAAAUUUCUGAAGCCAAUUAUCCCCAGCCUUCCAGUCCCUGACACUGGUAGGAAUAUAGGGGGAAAUGAGAACUUGAGGAAUAGCUUUGAUUUCAACAUUCAAUAAAAUUACUUUAAAGUUUGAAUCUUUUGUUAUUCUUGACAAUCUGUGGAUACUUUUUGCCAGUCUAUAAUGAAUAUUAGGCUGUACUAUAGUUGCAUGCACUAUCACUUCUUGCGCUCUCCUUAUAGUUGCUUUGAAAAUAUUAGUGGUCAUAAUGAAAUGGAAAUAUAAUCUGUGUUUUCUGUUUUUUUACACUUAUUUGGUCAUAAAUGUUAUAUUAACAGAGUUAUUAGUAAUUUUUUGUUUUGAUAAUGGUGUUAUUUUGCAAGAUAAUGUUACUAAUUAUUUGGAGGUACAAACUGAUGUAUUAAGAGUGAAUGCCCCUAUAUAUGUGAUUGACUACUAGACAUUACAUUAAGUCAUAAAGAAAAAAUAAAAAGUGCUGUUGGAUCUGGGUGGAAGCAUAUUGGAUUUUAUUGCAGUAUUCACUUUGCAAAGUUUCAUCAUAAAGUUUAAAAAAUGAUACUCCUCCAUAUUCAGUACCUAGGAUACCUUAUUUGCUUGCUUUUUGUAGUGUUUUUCAAGAAUUCACUUUAUGACAAAAUAAAAGUGACCACAUUGAAAAUUA